AUGAAGUUUACUGAAACACUGGUAAAGAAGUUGAGUACAACUCUCAACAACUUACUUGAUGAGAUCACCACCACGAAUACAGAAAAAGAACCUCCAAUUGUAGCACCUGCUUGCACAAUGGGAGUCACUGAUGCUAAAGGUACCGUUUAUAUUAAUACCAAAGGAGUGACCAACCUAAAAGAUCCGAGUCCAGCAACCAAUGACCACUUAUAUGCUUUCUAUUCUUGUACAAAAUCCCUUACAGUUGCGGGUGCAUUAAUCUUGUAUGAAAGGGGCCAGUUAGAUCUUGAUGCUCCAGUGACUAAUUAUUUUCCAGAAAUUGCCAAAAUUGGAGUGUUGGAGCCUGGAAUUGUGGAUAAAAAAAGAGGUGUUUAUCUCAGGGAUUUAAAGAAACCCAAGACUGCUAUAACAGCAAAACACUUGAUGACACAUACUGCUGGGUUCUCGUACGGGUUUAUUCACCCUGACUACUUCACACUUAUUACAAAAGGUGAAAAGCUAGAUGCAAUAGACCCAAUUAUGGAUUUUUUUUUCAAAAAAACCCCCUUGGUUCAUGAACCAGGAACUGCAUGGAUGUAUGGUCACAGUAUUGAUUGGCUUGGAUUUAUUAUUGAGAAAAUCAGUGGCAUGAAAUUGAGUGCUUUUUUACAAAAAGAGGUCUUUGAUCCAAUUGGCAUGACCUCAUGUACUUUCCACAAGAAGAAUUUCGACAAUUUAGUUAGAGUGCACUAUAGGCUCCAAGACGAGUCUUUGAAAUUGCAGGAAAAAUUCUCUUUAAGCUUGGACCCACACUUGGAUCUUGGUGGACAAGGUUGUUUUGGAACAGUUGGAGACUAUUUGAAGUUCCUUAGAGUGUGGUUAAACUAUGGUCAAAGUCCAGACACAGGCAAGCGUAUAUUGAAAGAGUCCACUGUCAAAUUUGCAAUCAAGAACCAUUUACCAGAACACAUCAACUUGGAGUUUAUUGGCCUUUCUCACAAUUUUGUUGACGAUGACGAGCCAAGUAAAAAAAUGGAUGGCUGGACAUUGACAGGCAAUGCAUAUGGAAGUAACGACUUGCCAUCUGGAAGACCCAAGGGUUCAAUAUACUGGGGUGGAUUGGCUAAUUUGAGCUAUUGGAUUGACUUUGAGAACCAGGUUGGUGGCUUUUACGCUGUACAGGUAAUGCCAUACAUGGACGAGUACAAUGUUGCAUACAUUGAGCAGUUUGAGACUGAGGUUUACAAAGCAGUUAAAGAGUCAAAGACAACAACUGCAAAGUUUUAA